AUGAGUAUUUUAAGGUAAUACUUUGACUGCUUUAUGCCAGAACUCCGAGAUUUUAACUAUUAUUUAUGGGUGAAAGUUAUUGUAAUUUAUAAACUAGUCUUGCCUGUAAUAAUUUUAAUUUUAUACUUUCUUUAUAGAGACUAAGAUGAAACAGAUAAUUGGAUAAUUAUUACAAAUGUUAUACUCUUAAUAAUCGGAUUAGAAAAUGGAAUUGGUGUGCUUAGUUGGUUAAUUUCUGAGACUUUUUCCAUUUACACAAUUAUGUUUGUAAGUUUACAAUUUUUUGUGAUGCUCAAGCAGACCUCAUAAAAUAUGGUUGACUAAGAAAAUAAUGAUAAUACUAAAUUAUAAAUUUUGUUUUGCCAAAUUAAUGAAAUGAUUUAUAAAUCAUGUUGUUGGUUAAACUUUGCUACUAUGUUACCUGCAAUCUUUAUGCUCACGCUUAUAACUGUUUGUACAUGCUAGAUCAAAUUAUUUUAAUAAUUGAUAAAAAGAAAUCUCCAAUUACAUUAAGAAGACUAAUUUGAGGAAUAUAUUGGAGAUGAGGAAAUUGAAUGUUCAAUCUGCAUGGAAGAAAUAAGGCAAAUGGAAAAAUAUGUACAACUCCCUUGCAAUCAUAUUUUUCAUUUAUAUUGUAUUGGAAAAUGGAAGAGCUACAAACAAUUAUGUCCAGUGUGCAGAAGAAUAUUUAAAAAUAUUUAAAAUAGCAAAUCGAAAAGAUAAUUCCAAUUAUCCAAUGCUCAUAAGGUUCAAAUAUGA